AGCGAGAGAAAGAGGCGGAUGACGAAAGAUAAGGAGGUGGUCGCGAGAGGAGAGAGCUCUCGCUGUAACCCUUGGAGAGGCUGUUGGUCGGUCGAACGAGUUCGCGCGCGCUCGCAUCCGUUUACCGAGAACGGGAUCCAGCGUCUCCAUCUUCUCCUCAACCGAGCCGAUGGAUCUUUGGAGUCAAGCCAAGAUGUGACCACCAUGUUUUGGAUCUCUCCAUCCCUUAGAUAGAAAACAGAACCCCUGUUUCUAUAGAAACAUAAAUAACUAUUAUUCCUAAAAUGCACUCCUCUAGCCGAACCUCCGCUCCGCCCUUGAGGCCUCGUCGCUUCGACACAAGCAGGCGGACCACCACUGCAGCGGAACCAAAGCCACACGGCCCUGCUUCCCAGAGGGAAGACAAAAACAUGAACACCAUUUCCUCUUCCUCUCCUCGGCGUGCCACCAAAGUGACCCCCGAGUCUUCCAGGACCAGGGUGGGGGUCCAGCCUCGUGCCCCCUUGGGUCAGUCCAGAUUGGGUUUACAGAGAAACACUGCUCCCCUCUCUAUGACCAAACCCAAACCCAAACCCAAAAGUGUCCGUGCAGCAGCAGCUGUGUCCAACUGCGCCCCUCCUCCUCCUCUUCCUCAUCUGGACCCCAACUGUAAUGAACCCAGCCUGCCUUGUCUGUGCUGCGACGGCCAUUCUCCCCAGGACAAUAACAGUCUGUUCAACCACAACCACAACAACAACAACACCAUCUCCAUCAGACAGCAGCUAAAGCUUCAGCCCCCUCCACCACCUCCCCUGCUACCCCAGAGACAGGAGGGGACAGGGGGCAAGGCCAAGGCACAGGCCAGCCCCUCUCAGCCCAAGCCCCAGCCUCAGGCCCUGGCCCCGGCCUGCCCCCCUAAUGCCCUGGAGCUGGAGAAAGGGAAAAAAGAGGAGGAGACUGCAGAUGUGAACAAGAACACAGACGUGGUCAUAGACAACAAGAAAGAAACGGAGGAAGAGGUGGAUAACAAGAAAGAGAGAGAGGAGGAAGAGGAAAACAGUGUGGACGUUGAAGUUGAUGAAGAUGAUGAGGAGGAGGGAGAUGAUGAUGAUGAUGAUGAUGACACGUUGGUCCCAUCGUGCUGCGACUGCCCUCCCUCUCUCCUGGAUCUCUCCCUGACCUCCUCCACCUCCUCAUCCUCCACUUCCAUCAGCUCCUGCUCUGAUCUGGAGUCAGACUGCGCCGAUCUCUCCAUCUCUCUGUCGUCCUCUUCCCACGAGGGGAACGCUGAUCUGUCAAUCUCUCAGGACCACACUCUCAUUCACGUUCCUGAGCGCUACCCAGCCUCCCGUUCACCCCCCUCCCUGCUCCUCAAUCCCAUCCCCCCCUCUGUCUCUCGCUGCCCUUCCUCCCCUCCACUUGCCUGCUCCCCAGACGAGGGCUACCCCUCCGCCCCCGCCUCCCCCUCCUCCUCCGACUACCUGGGGGUCAAAGGUCAGACAGGCUUAGGGUCAGAGGUCACCAAACUAGGCCUCCUGGACUUCCUGGAGUCAGUGGGAGACUUUGGCAAGAUGGAGCGCUUCAGCCAGGUGAUACAGGUGGCUCGCUGGGACCUGGAGGGGGAUCCUCAGGGGGAUCUACUGAGGGAUCGACUGGAUCAUCUGGACCGACUGGAGAGUGUCAACAGGCAGGUGAAGCUGGCUCACAUCUCCAGGCUCCAUGAGAAGGGACUGGAUCUAGGCGAUCUGGGCAAGGAGGAUCUCUCUGAUGUUCUGGAUGAGAUGGGGAACGUGGAUAUGUCUUGGAAGCUGUAUAAGGGCCGGGGCGGGUCGCUGGGAGAUUCACAGGAGUUCUCUGAUGCUGGAGUGGACCUGACAGCGCCUUCAGACUGUGAUGAGCCCCUGGUCUCGGAAUCGGAGACCUCUUCGCCCAUAGAGCCCCCACCGAGACCCCCCAAACCCCCCGCCCGCUAUGCCAGCGUGAACUCUGAACUCCACACCUACAUCAACAUCAGCCGUGACAUCACCCCCUCCGUCUCUGUCUGCACCUCUCCAUCCUCAUCCCCCACUUUCUACACCUUCAGGUGUGAGAAGGCCCUCCCUCCUUCCCCACCCUCCGUCCCCCCUCCUCUUCCCUGUCAGCCCAUCCCUUACUUUACACUCUACAAAUCUUCCCCUCUCCCUUUCUCCCUCCCCUCCUCCACUCCCCCCAUCCCUCCCCCUCGGAGGAGGCACCUAGCCCGUAAGGAGGCCCAGCGUCUCGCCAUCCUCCAAGCAGGAUGCGAGAAGACCCCCUUGUCCCUCCCCCCUCCCACCUCUCGCCCCCCUCCUCUCCCUCCUGCCCCCACCAUUUCCAUCUCCAACUCCACCCCCCCCCCUGCCAUCCCUCCCCCGCCCUCUCUCCCCCCUCCUCCCUCUUUCCAUGCGUUGGAUGAUGAGAUCCGUAAGCUACUGGUGCUAGCAGGACUGACCCAGGCUGAGCUCCUCAAACUCAGCCCAGAGCUGGGGGUCUCUGUGGGGGGACUGGAGGAGGAGGGAGAGGCGGAGACCCACCACACCUCCAGGCUUGGACAGACACCGGAUAGAGGGAUGAGGAAAAAAGAGGAGAGGGCAAAGGAGCAGUAUGAUAUAGAUGGGUUGGCUGUGGAUGGAUGGAGAGAUGGCGGAGGGAGGUCAGGGGUGGAGAGGGAUAGAGAGACUGAUAUAUUUGGAGGAGUAAAGGAGGAUGAGGGAGAGAAAGUGGAGAGCAGAGAUGUGUUUAGAACAACGUCUUUCACUGACAUGGCGAGAAGGAGGAAGAGAAACAGUGGGUUUGGGGCUAACGUUAGCCUAGCAUCUGACCCCUACUACAGCACUGGCAAUACCAACACCUCUAACAAUGUUAGCUUCGAGACUUUCAAAUAUUCCCCUGUGCUGUCGGAAUCUCCUCCCCCUCCUCCCCCGCGUCCCUUACCCCCUGUCCCCCCUACCCUUCCCCCCCUCAAAGUCUGCACCCUUCUCGCCAACUCUUUACGCCCUGAGCGAUUUGAUUGGCUCAUGGCCUUCUCCCCCGAUGGUGAAAACAUGCCCCUGCCCUCGCCCUUGGAAGUUAGAAAAUCCAAUGAAGAAACCCUGAAGAAAUCUACUUCCGGGUCAACGUCAUCAUCUGGGUCAACGUCAGGGUCAGGUUCAAAAGUGAUGACCUUCAAGGAACUGCGUAACCGUAGCAAACACAGCUCCCCGGCCUACCAGCUAAUAACUGAACCAGAUCCUGACCCCACAGUCAUAACCCCUGACCCUGACUUCCUCUACAACCUCAAGUGGAGGAGGGAAAAGAUGGACAGCGACGGGAUCCAAUGGGAGUACACCUCCCAGGCCCAGGCCGCCUUCCUGCAACCACCUCCCCUCACCUCAUUGGCUGCUUUUAGGGAAAUGUUCCAGAAAGCAGAGGAUGCGAUUGGACAGCCCGAGCUGUGUCCCUCGCAGCGGAUUGGGUGCUCAGCCAGUGAAGGGAACCUAUGGAGGAUGGAUGGACAGAGAAAAGAGGAGGGAGAAAAGAGGAAAGAAGAGGUAGAGGAAGAAGAGGUGGAGGUGAGAGGAACAGCUGAUGGAGGAAGAACCUGGGAGUCAAGAACUACAGCGGUUCGUAGCGUCUCAUUCGCCGACUCUGUACAGAGGGGCGGGACUUCCUGGAUGGGCGAUGACGUGAAGGCCCCUCUGAGAGGCCUAGGGCUGUCCUCUCUGUGCCUGCUUGAAAAAAGAGCUCUGGUCAGUGCAGUCAGUGUGGCAGUAGAGGCCAUUUUGGCUCAGUUCAGCUCCUCACGGACCCUGGUGCAGAAGUCUGCCUCCAUUAACAAGGCUCUAUCAGGAGACAGCAGUGUGAAUCCGUCUCUGGGUCGGCUGGUGCUGCAGUGUUUGUGCCCCGCCCUGCGGAGCCUGCUCUCCGACGGCCUCAAGCCCCACCAGAGUGAUUUGAUCUCGGGCAGGAGGCCAAACUCAGCCUGGGGACUGGUCCAGGCCUCCACCAGGCCAGGUAGGAACUCUGGAGCGCAGUACAGAGGGCCCAGCACUCAGUCCCUGUACAGCCUACAGGCUAGAAUAGGAGAGCUGCCCCAGCUCAGGCAGAACAAACACAGGUUCAACGCCUUCCUCCUCGGCCUCCUCAACAUCAAGCUUCUGGAUUUCUGGCUGUCCCAUCUCCAGUCAUGCAGUGAUGUGUUGGUGACGUUCUACCGGCCCUCCUCCUUCAUGCGCUUGUCGUUGACUUCCUGCCAGCCUCUGUUUGAGGAGCUCCUCCUCCUGCUGCAGCCCCUCAGUCUCCUGACCCUUAACCUCGACCUGCUCUUCCAGCACCACCACCUGGAGCCUUCCAAUCUCAGCCCAGAGAUCCUCAGCCCACCCAAUCAGGACCUGGGAUUCAGGCUUUCGCCCCGGGGGUCCGCUUCCCAAGGCAGGGGCAGCAGUUAUCUCGAGAGUCUAUCAGAGCUGGACUUUGGGAGUGUGGAACCCGAGGUGACCAAUCGUAAUGCAAGCUCGUCGUCCCUGGCCAACUCGGGGUUGGUGGAGUCACUGAAGCCAGCGAGUCUCAGCGUGGGGCCUGCGAAGGUCUCUGGGGGUCUUGCGGAGACGAGUCCUCAGCUGAUGUGGGUUCAGGAGAAAGAAAUUAGGGAGCUAGCACCUCCUAAUGUUGAGGAGGCCAGUCUCUCCCAACAGGCAGGACAGGUGAUCCAGCAGGGAUGGGGGGCUGUGGUACGCUGGGGGGGCAAGCUGGGCCAGAACCUGGCUGAACUCAGCCUGUCUGCAGUACAGAACCAGAACCAGGAGGGGACAUCCAGAGACCCUCCAGAGCCCCAGGCCAGGAGUGACCCUCCUCAGGUCGAUGGAGCAUUGGCGGUCCCCUGGGGUUUGGGACGGCUGUUUGGAGCCUCCAAUAACCCCACGAUACCCACACUUUCAACCAGACGUCCGUCUCAGUGGUUGUCUCCAGGGGUGUCUGUUCUGACCCGGAUGGUGAGCAGCAGUUCCAGCGCUAACCAGAGGAGGGCGCUGGAGCCCCAGCAAGUAGAAGAGGUGGUAGAGAGAGAGACAGAAGAGACAUGGGACAACCCAAGACCCCUCAGGUCAGUCAGAACACUAUGCGACCACUCUGGCACAGGGGCGGAGCUAAGCUUCCGAAAAGGGGAGGAGUUAGUGGUUUUAGGGGGUGUCGAUCACGACUGGAUUCGCUGUCGUCAGGGAGACCGAGAGGGGCUCGUGCCCAUUGGCUACGCCUCCCUGAUCAUGUGAUUUCAGACGCCUGAUCAGAGUUUUGAUUGUUUUAAUAUAUCUGGGGGAGGGAAAAUGAAGUCAUAAAGCUAUAAUGUAUUUAGGCAACCAUUGAGAGGCUGUGGCGAAGUCCCAAUGCUCUCAGAGAAAUAGUUCACCCCCAAAUCUAAGUUGAAAUCACGUUUUUAUACCUCUAAAGUGGUCCAAAGUCAUAAGUCAGGGUUCCCCAACUGGCGGCCUGUGAUUUUAUUUGGCCCCCCAAGUUUUCUGAGCAAAGGGUUAGGGUUACUUGUUGGACAUAAGACCAAAAAUCAGCAGCAAAUUUAGGAAAUCUGUUCCAAAGUAUUCCCACACAUAAUAGAAACGUGAUUGUUUACAAAUCUAAGCAAGGUUUGAAAGGAUUAUAUUUUAGUCAAAUGUUAUAUCUGUAUGGGCUUCUUGCGGUCAAUUUGUAGUCUACAAAUUAUUUGUAAUUAUGUUCCAGCCCCCUGACCAUCCGCGGCUGAAUCUAGUUGAUGAUCUCUGGUCUCAGUGAUUUAGUUCAGUCGUUACUCCGCACCAUCUGUUGUGUAGAUCCCACUAUAUGCACUGAGAGAAAUCUGCAAAACUCAAUCCCUAAAGAAUUGCGCCAUCUAAUUAGGGGGAUUUAAUGAAGAUUUUAUUUAGCUCACCAGAUGGCGUGGAAUAUGGACCCAGCAUGACUUCAGACCACUUUUGAAGUUCGAAAACUUCGGACAAACACUUAUCUUGGUGUGAACUAUCCCUUUAAAUGUCCUCCAUUCGUCAUCUCCUCUCUUUGGUGACCACUGAUCUGAGAAGGACUGGAUUAAGCUUUGUAGAGUUUACACCAUAGCUUUCUAUUCAUAGGUUGCAUCUCCGUCACUCGGUCGCGUCAUGCCAUUGUUAUGAACGUUCUCAAAGCGCCCUCUAUCGGCGUUGCCCUAAAGUGGUGAUAACUGAGGCUAACUACUGUUUAGUCUAAAUUACACUAUAGUGCCUGGAAAUACGGUGACGUUGCUAAAGUAGUCAAAUAUGUAGUAGGAAACAACCUUGCCAGCAUGAUAAUGUCGUCAAAUUUACUUUAGACAGAUGGUAAUGUCAUUAGCUAGCAAAGUUCGUCAAAAAUAGCUAGUAACGUUAGCUAGCUACAAUCCAGUGGCCUCCCCUCAAUUUGAGCUACUUAGCUAACGUUAUACUGCAUCUAAAGUAAAUCUGGUGACAUCAAAAUUAUGACGAAAGGUUUUCCUAAUAAUGAUUUGCCUCUUUUUGAAUGUCAUUGUAUUUCCAAGCCACUGUAAUGCACUUUUGAUGAAAUCUUCAUCAGCGCUCAUUGACGAUGCAUUGAGUAGAAUGCUCAGUCGGGCAUCAUCAGUCCAAACGAACGUUAAAAACAAUAUUGUGACGAAACAUGCAACCCAUGCAUUCAGUUUAUCCUGACACUUUCAGAUCAGCAGUCACCAUGGGAAGAUGUAUAGCCUGGUAGCCAGGUCGGUUUCUGCUCUAGCCAACUCCUUCGUCUCAGACCUUGCCGCCAGGCUAACCAGUGAAGGGAGCCAUAGUAGAGUAUUGGAGCAAUGGCGCGUAGCCCCUGUUAUGUAACGUAGUACCAUAGUGAAAUGUAGCCGUUUUCUGUGUUCAAUUUGACCUUUCACCCCUAUUGAUCUCUCACCUCUAUCGCCUGUUCUCUGUAUGUGUGUUUGACAUGUGCCCACUACAAUUAAUAGUCAGUUUAAAAAUGAUAACUAUUUGACUGUAUAAAUAUACAUACAUAAUAUAUAGGUAUAUGAAUAUAGAUUGAUUUAACUGAGAUAGAUAGAAAGAUAGAUAACCAAGAGAAAACAGAUAGUCAAACGUUACUAUAGAUAAGGUUGAUCAUGAAUCAAAUUGAUAAGUGAUCUGGCCUUUUAUUUGCUGCUCUCACUACAUCUCCAACUCACCAGUCACUACUCUAUAGUCGUUUUACACAUGGACAGCUCAAGUCUGUUUGUCAAUUAUCUGAAUCCAGUGGCUUCAUCUUAGUGUGUGUUGUAUGCAUUGGCAUACAGACUUCAUAUCCUUCAUAUCUUCAUCAUAAUCUGAUAGAUUUAGUCUCAUAUCUUUACACUGUAUUUAUUGUAUAAUGAAUGCUUUGAGUGAAUGCAGCAGGGUUGGGCUCAAUUCGGCAGUCUAUUCAGGAAGUAAACUGAAAUUACAAUUCAAUUAUUAAAAAAGGUGCAUCUAUUUUUAAUGACUUCUUAAUGAACUGUAAAGGAGAAGCUAUUUAUGUGAAGUUUUUUAAUUUGCGGAUUUUAAAUUCAAAUCACUUCCUGAAUUGACUGCCUUCAAUUCGAAUUGAGUCCAACCCUGGAAUGCAGAAGAGUAUCUAUCUAUAUGACACAUAUCUAUCUAAAGGACAUUCUAGUAUCCAACAGUAUAUAAGUAUAACUGGCAUAGCAAUGCUGUAACUUCAAUCAGUCCACACCUCUUAAACCUCACUAACACAUACUACUCAGUGCUUAUGGAAAUAUCAAUGCUUUGAGACGGACAGAUAAACUGACAGAUAAACAGACUGACAGGGACUUGAGACAUGUCUCUUUCUACUCAACCCAGGGAUGAUCAACUCUAGUCUGGUAGCUUUUCCUUUACCUCAUAGAUCAAUUAGUAUCUUUGAUUCGCCAGAUAUUUAACUCGACUGGUUACCUGGGCGUUUCUAAGUCUCAGACUACAAGACAAUUCAAAAGACUAUAGAGACCAGUAGACAAUGUGGGCUUCCAGGGCCGUAGUUGUACAUUCCUGACCUAGACUAUCCAAGCUUUCAGAUGAAGCAGCAAGCUACUCCCUGAUGUACUGUAUGAAGAUACCACUACUGUAAAGGCUGCCCUUCCCCCAACCGUACCUCAGCUCUCAUAUGUACAGUGGGGGGGAAAAGUAUUUAGUCAGCCACCAAUUGUGC